AUACAUGUGCAUGUGACAUUAUAAUGACUAAUUACUUUUUCAAAUAUACUUAUAUUGCGUGCGAUUGUUGCAUAUCAGUUUCAUUUCAAGAGAACACUUCGUCCAGUAAACAAGCUUAAGAGAGUUCGGAAAUAAUUUAUACUUAAACAAUUUAUACAGUGUUAUUAUAUUCAAAGUGCAUUUUGAGUGUAUUUGUAUUUACUGGUGUUCAUGAUGGAGAAUAUUUCUACCAAAAUAAUUGAAGUUCCAAAUAUCGGAAAAUUGAACGGUAAAAUUUGGUAUACACCAAAGAACAAGAUGAUCCAUCCAUGGGAAAUUUGCGUUCUAAAACACGAAUAUAGAUCAAAACCACAUCUUGGCGUCUAUUUGUAUUGUGUGAAAAAUACACGUCAACCAUAUAUUGCAUCGAUGUCAGUAAAAUUGCAUGGAGACAUAUGUGAUAAUGUAGAGUAUGUUAACCCGCAUGUGUUUGGGAACGGAUUCGGAUGGGGUGUUAACUCAUUAAUUGCCUGGGACGAUUUAAUGAACAAAACAAAUGGUUUUCUUACAGAAAAUAACGGCAUAAAAUUGUCAGUGACAAUUAAAUCAAAUGAUCCAAAAGAGAAGAAUAUGUGUGAAUUGCAGUUUGUACAAACCCCGAUUGAUGACCGAUCCAUUAAAUUUUUAUUGAUGGUCAAGAAAAUUGACCAAUUGAUUGCAGUGAUACCAUCAUCGAAGUUUGAAUUCAAAAAUAUAGUAUGGCUAAUUACGGUGUUCAAAAAUAAAUCGGAUCGAUUGGGUAUUCGACUUGAAUGUGACGAUGAAUAUGAAUUCAAUUACCAAAUGAAAAUGUCAUGUAAGUUGGAUUCAUCGCUUAUCCCACUUGAGACUGAAAAAAUAAAACAACUUGGCUCAUCUACGGCGAUGGAGACAGAAUUUUCUUUGGCUUGGGAUUAUUUGAUUAACCCGGAUUGUGGUUACGUCAAGGAAGAUUUUACAAUCGCCAUCGAACUGACCAUCGAGUUUAUUAACUCGACCAACAUCAAAGUUAAGAAGGUAAAAAACAAGUAUCCUGAAACUGGUAACGUUGAAUAUGAUUCUUUUGAAUCAAUGAGCAUAGAUGAUAAUGAGGCAAUAGAUCCAGAUUGUGUGAAUACAUCUACGCCAAAAACUAAUGACCGUCAAACUUUGCGUUCAAAUUCUCGUCGGAAUAAUUUGACAUUAACUCCGAUUAAAGAACAAGCCGAACAACCUGGAAAGCGAUCAAAAAUGUCAAAAGAUGAAACAGCUGGUGAAAAAGAUGAUGGUGCAAGUAUCGGAAACGAAAGUAAAUCAUGUGCAUCUGUGACAGCUAAUCGAAGUGCAAUUGUGAACAACGCAAAACGUGGGCGUCCAGUUGAUGAGGGUAUGGAUAUCAUUUUAAUCAGUGACGACGAAGACAAAGAAAACACCAUUUGAAUAUAACGACAGGACUAGCCGAAUACAGGGUCGAACAUACUCUUCCAUUUGGCAUCCAAUUUCAAGAGAUCGGACCCGAUAAUCUCUAUCUAAUCAGUAUUUUUUUAUAAAAUUUUGUGGUUUUGUUAAACAAUUUUCGAUAUUGAAAAUAUGUUUGUCUAACUGACGAUUUUCAUUUAAAUUUUUCAUUCCAAAAAAUAGAAAAAAAAAACGUAAAAUCAACUAUUUAGCAAAUGAGUAAACAUAUUCAUUAUGUUUAUAAAAUGGAUUAUUUGAUAAUAAUGAUACAUCAGUUUUUGGAAUUUUUCUUUUUUCUUAUAAAUAUUUACGUAUCAUG